GCUGGCAAGCUUCAUGCCAGUCUUAAACGACCAUCCCCAAAACAGAACCAUGAUAGCAGACGUGAUCUUUUCCACGGGCUGGGGCAAAAACUAGAUGACCGUGACUUGGAUUAUGGGCGCAGUCAUACUGAUCCCGGGCCCUGCCUUGAGUCUAACUUCACCGAGGUCCUUGCCCCACGGACGAACAUCUGGACUGGCCUUACGGAUCCCGAAGCGGCCAGUGUCUUGUCAUGGCUGUUUGAUCAAACUGAUCUCAACUUGACCACCACAAGCAAAGCAGGAGACUGGGACAAUACUAUCCAACUUGUUGAGCUCAUGCAACCCAAUAAGUCUCACGCACUGGAGUUUAUUGAUCGCGGAGGCAAAGCCCCUUCUCGAUAUGCUCACGUCGUAAUUGACCACCGAGCGACUAUUCAGCCAUACUAUGCGGAUAUCCUGGUUGGUCCUUUGCCGAUUGUGAAUGGAACCACCCAAUGGGUGCCUCUCGAGUAUCCGUACACCCGUAAGACCAACGGAAGAGUCCGGAACAUCGAAGCAGACGACGAUUUGAUAUAUAGCGAUUGGCUUUUAGAUAUAUCUCGGUCAGUAUCUGACAUCACUCUCAGUUUGUGGAACGCAACAUAUUUAGGGCUGGACAAUGAUACGAUCAGCAUAUGGGGAAUCGACCCCCUAUCGCAGGAACAAGGUCGAAUCACCCGGUGGGAUCAGUUCUGGAAUGAACCAACCGGUGAUUUUGAUGAUUCAACCUUGCUACCCUUGGGGCUUUAUGUGCGUUCAGAUGUAACAGGCCGAGACCCAUCCAAAUGGAAGCUUUUGGGGUGGCUGUACAAUGAUGUUUUCUACAGCACAACUGAGGAAUUCCGACAAGCUUUCUAUAAACCAGGCUUUGAAAAGCUGGGAUUAAAUACAGAGGGAAAAUGGGCUCAAACCGACCAGCAGGGAAAGGUCCUGCCGUAUGAUCGAUCUUAUCCCCCAGUUUCCGUUGCCCCCUCCGGAUCACGAUUCGCGGUAGAUGUGGCACAGAAGUAUGUCGAGUGGAUGGACUUUUCCUUCUUCAUUAGUUUCGCCCAUGAUACGGGAAUGGCCCUUCAUGAUAUCCGAUACAAGGGCCAACGCAUUCUGUACGAACUAGGUCUACAAGAGGCUAUGGCUCACUAUGCGGGAAAUGACCCUGUUCAAUCCUUGACUUCUUAUCUUGACUCAUAUUACGGAUUCGGGCCUUAUGCCUUUGAAUUGGCCAAAGGUUACGACUGCCCAGCUUACGCGAGCUAUCUCAACAGCACGUUCUACGAAGACGAAACCACCCAUACGCAUGUCCACAGUAUUUGUCUAUUUGAAUAUGAUGCAGAUUAUCCUAUACAACGGCAUAGCAGCUCGUCUUAUGUGUCCGUGACGAAGAACAUCUACUUUACCGUCCGCUCUGUGUCUACUGUUGGCAACUACGAUUACAUGUUCAGUUACUCUUUUUAUAUGGAUGGAUCCAUCGGCGUUGAAGUGCGAGCCUCUGGAUACAUCCAGUCGGCCUACUACGCUCAUAACGAGGACUUCGGCUACAAGAUCCACGAUGCUCUUUCCGGAUCAAUGCAUGAUCAUGUCCUGAAUUUCAAAGCUGACUUCGACAUUUUGGGAGUGAACAAUACCAUGGAGUUGGUUCACCAAGUACCUACUACUCAGACCUUUGCAUGGUCCAACCAAACUCGAAAUACCAUGAAACUGGAACGUUCGCACAUCAAGAGUGAGAUGGAGAGCCGAUUCAACUGGGCUGCGAAUUCCGCCACCCAGGUCAAAGUGAUCAACAUGGAUGAGAAGACCCCCUAUGGCGAGUAUCGGGGAUACCGCAUCUUACCCUCGACGGGAACCAUCCACCUGACGGUGGAGAACUCGACCAACCUUCGUAACGCUGGUCAGUGGGCCGGUUACGAUGUUCAAGUGACCCAGCACCACGACACGGAGCCUCGGUCCGCUCAUCCCAAAAACAAUCAAGAUGUAGAGGACCCACCCAUCAACUUCAACGAAUUUUUCGAUGGGGAGGACCUUACACAGCAGGAUCUAGUUGUGUGGCUGAAUCUGGGCAUGCAUCACGUUCCACACACAGGUGACCUUCCCAACACAGUCUUCACUACCGCGCAUUCCGGUGUGCAGUUCAUGCCGCUGAACUUUUUGCUGGGCGAUCCAAGCCGGGAAACGGUUAACAUGGUCAGAAUUGAAUAUGACGAUGGGAACGUUUCGGCGGUUCACACUUUCGGACAACACGACGAGACAUGUGAGCUGGACUUUACGCCGACGGAGUUCAGCUUGUGGGACUAUAUCGGAGAUGUUGUGGUGAGGAAGUUCCCUUACGAUCCAAAUAAUCCCUAUGAUGAGACGGAUAGUAUUUCCUGA